AUGGCCUAUCGACGAUCAGACGACGACUUGGCCUACGGCGAGCGAUGGGACAGGGAUCGAUUUGCGCAGGAGACCGAUCGUAACCGUCACGGAGCGGACAGAGAGCGCUUCGAGGAACACGAUCGCUACUACAGCCGUGGCCCGCCGGUACGUGAGCGACCUCGUGAGUCGUCACUUGACGACCGAUUUGAGCCACGAGGGCCGCCUCGUCCGUGGGAUGACGAGUUCGUCAUACGCGAGAAGAAAUACUACGAUGAGGGACCACGGCGCUCCCCACCCCCGGAGAUGGAACGGCGAGUACUCUACGAGAGAGAUAGAGAGCGAGAGUACCGGAACACAUCCCCUCCCCGACGGCCCGGGACCCUAGUGCGACGGCAGUCAUCCCUCGACACCUUCGAUAGGCGGCCUGCGCCAAAGUUCUUCGAAAGAGAGGAAUACGGUCCUCCAGCCCGCCGCGCAGACUACCGUCCCGACCCGUACCAACCGAUCCCCCUUCCCCGCUCUCGUGCACUUCCACCCCCGAGAAUAUAUGCGGAGCGGGACUUUGACGAGAUCAAAAUAUCCGAGCCCGAGCGUUACGGCGAUGAAGAAUACCACGCGUAUCCCGAGCGCAUUCGCGAGAGGGAGAUUACGCGGUCGAAGAAACGGCGGGAUCGAAGUAGCUCGAGAACCAGCAGAGCGACUACUACAGCGCCGACCACCACGCAUCGUGCCAGCACUGUUCGAAGCAGCUCACGAUCCUCUACAACCACCAGUAGUUCGAGCAGCUCCAGCAGCAGCGGGGGCACCGUUGUAACUGUCAAGAGCGAAUACCCCAAGAAGGGAAAGACCAGAAUCCCAGCCAAACUCGUGUCCAAGCGGGCAAUUAUCGACACAGGGUACCCCUUCGUCGAAGAGGGCAACACUAUCAUCGUUCAAAAGGCCCUCGGCCAGCAGAACAUCGACGACCUGCUCAAGCUGAGCGAAGACUACAAGAAGUCUGAACUCGAAGUCGCUGCCGCCCGCUCAGUCCCUGGUGCUGUCAUCGAGGAACGCAAGGAAGAGGUGGUGUAUACAAUUCCACCGCCUCCGCCAGCACCCCCGACAGUUAUCCACGCCCCUCCUCCACCACCGCCGCCGCCCGCCCAGCCCGUCAUGGAGGUUGUCAAGGAGACCAUCGUACGGGAUGCUUCGCCUGUCCGCAGCCACCGCAGCUAUUCCACCUCCAGCUACUCCACCUCCACGAGUGGGCGGACACCCCUCAUCAUCGAGACCAACCCGAGGGAGUACAGCGACGAGAUGGCACUCGGUCCCCUGGCCCUGGUGGGAGACCGUCGCCGCUCCGACAAGGAGAUCAAGAUGGAGAUCGCGCGUCUCGAGGCCGAGCGGGACCUCAUGCGCAGUGACCGCCACCGCCACCACCAUCACCACUCCCACUCCUCGCGCUCCCGCCACCGCUCGCACAGCCACAGCACCGAGCGCGAGAUGGUCCGGGCCGAGCGCCUGCCGACGGGCGAACUGGUCCUCUACGAGGAGCAGGUCGAGAAGAUCGAGGAGCCGCGGCGCGGGGUGCGCAUCGAGAAGGACAAGAAAGGUAGGAUGUCCAUCAGCGUGCCGAAAUCGAAGCAUCGAUAG